UCGUAGAUGUCGUUGUAUAUUUGGCGUUACGAGGUAACCGCGUGGGCUCUUUCGAUAUCUUCUGGAACCAGUCGUAUGGUCGUGGGUUGUUGUCGAUUGUUGUAGGUCGGUCCUCUUUCUUUUGAUUUUAAUGUGCGAUCAGUGUUCGUCGGAUAAAUUAUGUUGUUGUGUAUUAAACUGAAGAUUUAAAAAAAAAAACUAUUAUUUAAUUGUGUUUGUCGUAGUGCUUUAUUUUAUUUUUUUAAUGUAAACUUGUUGCUUAUGGUUGGCUCAAAUAUAUCUUAAUUGCCGUAAACAAUUAAACUCUAUUGAAAUUUAUGGUCCUUUGUUCUUUAGCAAGGUUACUUAGUGUUAAAAAAAUUAUAAUUCAAAUUUAAAAAAUACUAUAGUUAAACAAGCAUUUAGUUGUGAGUUUUUAAUUUAAAACAUUAUUUUAAGCUAACUGGUCUGGAUGUGUCCAUUUGGACGAUAGAAUUUUAAUAGCUUUAACAUGACUGGAAUGACACCUUACGGUUUAUGGGGCCAUCCGCCCUUACCACCCGGCAAACGAGUGCUGAACCGUUCGAUUUCGGAAGACAGGAAGCCAGCUUUUGGAGGGUUCAUGAGAAGGUUCUCGUCUGUGCGACGCAACGGAAACAACAAAAAAGAUAACAUGGCAGAUACAACGUACGAGAGUUUCGACAGUCUUUUUGAUGAUAACGAUAUUAUACUGGUCGGAACAGAAUUCCUGGACGAACGGCCAAAGCCAUCGCCAUCCCACGCAAACUGUAACAGACGGCCGUUAUCUUCACUAUUCCGAAGUCGAUCAGACGGAAAUCUUGCUCGACGUAAAUGUAUUGUUGCGUCCGGUGCUGGAACAGAAACAAAGCUCGGUCUGUCGAAAUACUUCAAAGCGCUUAGCGGUAGUUGGAAAAAUUUGUUAAACAUAAGCAACAUGAAUAAAACUCCCAAAAAUAGUCCACAAGUCAAAAAAGUCGCACCUCCCGCUAUUCCAGAUUUAGCAGCAUGUAGACAUUCUGGUAGUAGUUUUGGAUCAACUGGGUAUAGCAGUUCCAAUGAUGAUGCGUUUAUAGAAUCCAGUUCAGGAAUCAAACCAGAUAUUUAUGAUACUACAGAAUCAUAUUACCCAAUUGGAAAUAAAUCUCCAUCAAUUCAAUAUAAUCAUACAAACUUUACUUUCCCUGGAUCUUCUUUUUAUUCACACCCAAUUGGAAACAUGAAAACAUAUUAUCAUCAAUUGUCACUACAAGAAGACCAAGGAAUUGAUAUGACUCAAAGUCCUGGUCGUGAUAGCCCAGGCUCAUCGGGUUCUGGUUCAGGAUCUCGAUACUCAACUGCUAGCUUAGAUAGUGGUCGUGCAUCUGGUUGUAAUCUUAAAGGAAACUCAUAUUGGUCUCAUGAACUUAACCCAUCUACUAGAGUAGAGCGACUCCUUCAUCAAGGAGUACCCGAAAAAGAUAUAUUAUACAGUUGGCUAGUUGAUUUACACUUAGAAGAAUAUUUACAGUUGUUCUUAAAUGCUGGUUAUGAUAUGAGAACUAUCUCAAAAAUGACACCGGAGGAUUUGACUGCUAUUGGAGUAAAAAAACCAAAUCAUAGAAAAAAAUUGAAAGCUGAAAUAGGUUUACUUAAUAUAUCAGAUGGACUUCCUGAUCAUAUACCCGGGUCAUUAAAUGAAUGGCUGAAAUUACUACGACUUGAAGAAUAUGCAUCAGCUUUAAAAGCCCAAGGAUAUUCUUCUAUUGAUGAUGUUACCCAAUUAACAUGGGAAGAUUUAGAAGAUAUUGGAAUUGUUAAAUUGGGUCAUCAAAAAAGAUUAUUAUUGGCUAUUAAGAGAGUUAAGGAUAUCAAAGCUGGAAAAUUAUUUUCACUCCAUUCACCUUAUCUAGUUCAAACACAAGCUUGCAUCGAAUCUCCAUUAAGUGUAGUAAGCAGCAGCUCUGGAUGUGGAACAAGCAUUACCAACAGUAGCUGUGGUACAGAAAGUGUUGAAUUUGAUUUUCCGCGUGUGCACGCUACAUACCACAGCUUUCAUCAACCUUGGGAGUUAGAGAGUAGCAAACAGCUCUAUUGUCAAACUGAUAUUGUUCCUAUUAAGCCCCUCAGACCUACUCCGGAUUCGAAUAGGAUACUCGAAUUUCAGGAACCGGUCAGAGGAACACAUCGUGGAAAAUCAUUAGAAAGUUUACAUGAAAAUAAUAAUGCUACUAUUGUUGGUGGAACUAGUAGUUUUGUUGGUGUUUCCCAGUGGAAAAGUCAGCAAAAAAGUUUUGAAGAUGGAGAUAUUACACCAACAAAUGAAACUUCUAUACUUCAUGAAAGUGGAAGAGGAGGUACCUUACCACGACCAAGAGGAUUAGUGAAACCUAGAUUGGUUGCUAGAAUUCCAGCUUUAUUCACCCAAACAAACACUGAUGAAUAUCCAAGUGCAGGAACAUUAAAAAGAAGGCCCCCAUCACCACCAAAACGACAACUCUCUAUUGAAAGCACUGAUGACCAAAUAAUUUCUGUUGAUCCUGAUAAACAUAUUCCUUUAACAUUCCAACUAAAAUGCUCUAAUAAAUGGAAUAAUGAAGUAUUAUCACCUAAACUCAGCACUGAUGACAAUGCUGGAUCAAAUGCUAGCUUUAAGUCCACUUCAAGUGCAGAAUCUGAUUCUAUUCCAUUUGCAAAUGAAAAUGCAGGGACAAUCAAACCAAGAACUCUAAGAUCAACAAAUGAACUCAUUCAACCAUUGCUCUCGGAAGGAUCUCAUCCCUUAUUGUCUUCUACAAAUAACCCUUUACAUUCUACAAACAGUAAUUAUUCUCUUUUGCCAUUAAGUGGUAAAAAAGAGCCAGCCGAUGUUUUGAAUGAUAUUGGCAAUAUGUUAGCUAAUUUGACUGAUGAAUUGGAUGCCAUGUUAGAAGAAGAAAAGAGACAAGGUCUUAAUGACUGAAGAAAUUUCUAAGCUUUCCAAAUAAUAUGUAGGAUGUUGAGUCUAGUUACCCUAAUAUUACCCACAUAAUAGUUUCAAAUCUGUAAAAAAUAUAAAAUUUAUUUUUGCAUUUUAAAUAUUUAUGUUCCUAUAGUUAAUAUUUGACUUUUUAUGUUAGAAAUCCUUGUUUAAAAUUUUUUCCCAAUCAAUCAUAUUUAAGACACAUACUCAAUGUAGUGCUUUAUUUUUUGACAUUACUAAGUAAAUAAUUUAUAUCAUGUGAUUUAUAUAACUACAUGCUUUAUAAUAAGAAAACAAAAUAAUAGACUUCGUAACUAUACGUAAAAACCAAAAUAAUUGAAUG